AAAUUAUUUUUUUUAAAUUAUAACUCUUAAAAUAAUGUUUAGUUAUAAUAUGUAAAGGAACGUUACGGUGUGAAUGAACUGUCAAAUAUGCAAUGAAGCUAUCCGCCGUCUGGAGUCCGUAAAUUUGUUAGUGUGUGUAUAUAUGAAGGGAUGGCUGUAUUAGUGUGAGUAAAAGCUGCUCUUGAAGCUCACAAGAGCCCAGAGAAAAGCACAAGUUUUAGUUUGCAUUUGCCCAAUGACGAACGCGUCGGGAUAAACUCAACGAUUUAUUUGCCGGGCUUGCUUAGAAAUGCUUACAUUUUGUAUUCUUUAAAUUAAAAAUGAUUAAUUAUAAAAUCAAAUAGACUGUAUACUCGUUUAAGUGGAUUGUUUUUUCAAGAUGUGUUUUCGUCUCGCAUUCGUUUUGCUCCUUCUAUCCGAGCUCCAAUACUCCUCAACUGCUGACGUCAGUCACGGGCACAGGGGCCGCGUUCGUAAAGCCAAUCGUCGACACAGAGCUACUACAGAUGGCGUCCUCCGCUUCGAGCCCGAACCGUAUAGUAAGAAAUUCGAGCUUGGCAGUUCCGGCAAGAUACAUUGCAAAGUGGCGGGUGGUGUCACACCAACUGUGCAGUGGUUCCUGAACGAGAAAGACCCUCUGCCGGAUGGUAUAACCUCGGCCAACGGCACGCUCAUGGUGACGGAGGCUAAGAAGAUCCAGGCGGGGAACUAUUCCUGCCACGCCUCGGACGGAGACCAGAUUAUAACGGCCAGGAUCAGCUUAGACGUUGUCGUGUCUCCGAGGGUCUUGGAACCCACGCCCGGACAGCAGGUGCACGUGACGCUAGGACAGACGGUGUCCCUCAAUUGUCUGGCCGUUGGUGACCCACCACCUACCACCCAUUGGGAUAGAAACCUCAGCAUACUACACCAACAAAAUGGCGCGGACAUCGAUGAAAGUGCAAACUCGUCCAUGUCGAGGCUGGUGAUACUCAGCAACGGGACCCUGGUGAUACAGAACGCGACUGAGGUAGACUCGGACCGCUACGGCUGCACGGCCGGCAGCGCCGCGGGGCUGGCCAGGAACGAGCUGGAGCUCAUCGUCCACCCGGUCGGUGAACUCCCUCCCGCGGAGUCGACGGGCGUCGCCGGGAAGGCGGUGCUCGUAUCCAUCACCGUGGCCGGGGCUUAUAUGAUACUCGUGCUGGUCCUCAUGCUGUACUGUCGGCGAAGACGGCUUCAGAGGCGACAAAGAGGAGAGAAGUUAGAGUUGGAGAUGGCGGAAGGGAGAGAGAAGCUGGUAGAAGAAGGAGAGAAGAAGAUAAACGGAGCGGCACAGAACGGGAGGUUGCUGUGUGACAGAGAGAGCGGAGCUGAUAAUUCAGAAGUUUCCGGUACAUCAAAAACCUCCAAAAAAUCCAGCCAGUACGACCACCUCAGUGUACCCAAGACCUUACUCACUGAUAUUAUAACACUGGGUCGCGGAGAAUUCGGUGACGUGAUGCUGGCGAAGAUAGAUCUCGCUCAGAUAAAGAAGCUGCGGAACAAGGAAGACGAGUCGGAGAGCGUCAUGCAGCCCGUGCUGGUGAAGGCGCUCACCACCAAGGACAACGUCCAGCUAUCAGAGUUCCGUCGUCAACUGGACCUGUUCAGCCGCGUCCGGGACGAGCACAUCUCCAGGCUCCUGGGACUGUGCACGGCCGAUGAACCGCACUACAUGCUAUUAGAGCACACGGACUGGGGUGACCUGAAGACGUUUCUGAUCGCGACUCGAACUCAAGAGGAAAACGAGGAGUACAUAGCUCGAGUGGGCCCUGGCCACGGCCUGCCGCCCACGCCCACCAGCAUCGAACCUCUCGCCCCCGCCCACAAAAUGGCGCUGGCCGCUCACCUGGCCGCCGCGGCCAGCCGGCUGGCGCACAAGAGACUCACGCACAGGGACAUCGCUGCUCGGAACUGCCUCAUCACGUCGUCUCUGACCCUCAAGCUGUCUCUGCCGGCUCUCACCAGAGGGCCUCACUCGCACGAGUACUACAAGAUGCAUGACACGGUGAUCCCCCUCCGCUGGUUGCCCGUGGAAGCGGUCUUGGAGGACGAGUACUCCAUCAAGUCCGAUGUAUAUAUGUAUGGAGCAACUAUAUGGGAGAUAUACACCAAAGCUGAGUUGCCGUUCGCUAAACUGAACGACAACUCGGUGCUGGAGCGUCUCAAGAGCGGCUCGCUCGACUGGAACGUCCCGGGGUCGAUGCCCGACAAACUACAAGAGCUGUUGAAACGCUGUUGGAGUAAGUCGCCCACAGAUAGACCACAGUUUCCAGAAAUCUUUGAAGAAGUCAACAACAUGAUAAAAGACUUGGCGGACAACAGUUCACAACAUUCAGCCGAGCGUGAGAAGUAAACGGAGGCGUUAGGGCGCGUUCACACUGGCAAGAGGCGUUAGGGCGCGUUCACACAGCGAUGAGAGGAACGAAGCGAUUGAAGUAAAAAAAAAAUUAACUCAAGCAACGACCUUGUAUAUAAUUAGACUAUUUCUUUAGACUCGAAUUGAAAAUCUGUCCAAAAAUUAUUAAGUUUCUUUGAUAUUAGAUUUAAAAAAGGGUGUUAAUGUAUUAGUUUUUGAGAAAUAUGCUCACAAAAAUACAUACAUUUAUAUACAUUGCAUAAAAAAUUAACGCUUUUGUUAUAUAAAUAUAUCCUUCAUUGGACAUGACCUCGCUUCCUCUCAGAACUUCCGGAACGCAAACCAAUUAAUUGAUUUCAAGCUAAAUUAUAAAUAUUUUUCUUAUGUCAGUGAUUUUCAGAGAUCUGAAAUAAAAAUAAAAAAAAAUUAGUUUAAGAUCAGUUCAAAGAGAGCGGAAAAUUUUUGACUUUAUUGGAAGCAUGUUUAGGUUCAUAGGAUCUGUGAAAAAAAAAAAAUUCUAUAAUAUUAAGAAAAACAAAAAAAAUCUAUCAAAAAUUAAAACAUCUCGAGAUGUGUUAAAAUUAAUUUUGUAUUUUAGUGAACGCUAGAAGUUAAGGUUAUUGUGUGUAAGAAUUAUAAUAUUAAUUUAAAUUAGGUCGCGGAACAGGACGGUUGUCGCGCGGCGUUUCAGAGGCAUUUACUAUGACUAGGGUUAGAGUAGUUUACACGCAGGAGUUUGCAGUUGAUAUUGAAAUUAAAUUUUUUUUGAUCAUUUAAAACAUUAGAACAGGAAAUAAUCGUCAAUUUUAUUGCCAAAACAAAACUUGAGUUAUAUUUUACAUAGAAAACUAUCGGAUAAGGCUUAUACGUUAACAUUAUUAUACAGAUAAUCUAAAAUUACUUAGUUUGUAAGUGACUUGAGGUGAAAGCUAUCAUUAUACAACUAUGUAUAAGUAAAUAUAUGAUAAUUUGUUAUAUGUAUGUGUGAAUGAUGGCUUUUGGAUCAAAUUUCUAAUUUAAGUGAUGAAACUGGAAGCUAAACGAUACUGCCAAUGUAUAUAAUAAGUUAAGACUGAUCUAGUGUGUUAGGAGCCCGCUGGCAGCCAACGCUGGCUCAUAGCUCUAGUGAAGAUACGUCCCAUGGGAAACCAACAUCGUCCGGAUGCAAUCGAAGUAGCUUACAUUUAGGCAUUCUAUUGACUGUUUAUUAAUCUAGACUACACUUAGACCUAGAACCUAGCUUAGACUACAGUAUGUCCUUAAGAAUACUGUAACAAAAAUUUUCCAUUGCACUAUAAUUAAAUUUUGUAUUGGAAAAAGAUAUUUUUAAUUAUUUUGUUUAUUAUGAGUUUGUUUUUUUUUAUUAUUGUACAUUAUAUUGAUACCGGAUAAUGCAUUUAUAGGAUAAGUUAGCGUUUAGGAUUGACAAAUCACUCGGUUCAAAGUUAUGAUAAUUGUUUGUGUGAUGGAAGUCGGCCAACCUCAUUACUUCUUUGGCCAGUUUUAAAUAAUUCAGUAUUUAUUUUUAUUGUAAGGCUAAUGGCACAUUGAAUAACGUUAGCGGUCGGUUGCAAACCGGCCUUAAACUAGGUUUUGUACGUGUAGUGCCUGGAUUUAGGUCACGUAGGUAUAAGUUAGUGCACCUAAAAUUUAUAUACUGCUUGGUAAUUUUUUUACCAAAAAAAUAAUAAUGACGUAAUUGCUUUUUUUAGUUAUUUCCGAGUUGGUAUAUACAUUCUAGGUGUCCUAUAGUGGAUCAGUCAGUCAUUAAUUUUCUUGUCAAUUUUUGUAUGUAGCAACACUUGUAUUGUGAUGUCUGUGUGUCUGUCGUUUCGUAUCGACCGGGUUCCGUUUGUGUCGAGGGUUCUCGUCAAGUCGUUUUAAGUGUCGGUGCUUUGUUUCAGUCUGUGAGAUCACAUCACGAGACCGCUCUCCUUCAGUUCUAGCGCGGUUCCGUUAACAUUUGUGAUAGCUUCUUCUUACUUUAGUACUCUUAGUGUUAAGGCGACUGUAUUCGUGGAAGGAAUUUUUUGCAUUACGCGAUUUUCAAUAAACUAUAAUUAAUAUA